CUCUGUGUGUAAAUUAAACAGUUGUUUCAACGGCAGGAGAAGAGAAAUAAAAAGGUACUUGAUUCCACCCCUGCCAUAUUUCCCGGAAUCUUUCUUGGGCGGAGAAAAUUUUGGUUUCUUCUGAAUUCUUGCACAGCUGGAGAAAUCCUUGGUGGGUUAUAUUCUUUGAGUGAAAAAGUAAAGAGGGUAUCUUUUGUUUUUCUUUUUUCGUUUUGAAAGAAAAGCAUGAAGAUCGGAGAAGAUGAUCACGGGCUUGUGUGAGCAUGUGAAGACUGGUGCUUUAUUACAAGUGGCUUUCUGGGGUUUUGACUUUUGAUAAUUUUUAGGUUUUAAGGGAUUAGGGUUUUGUGGAUAGGCGAUUAAAGCAGGUAGGCUUCUAAGAAAUAAUACAAACAAUAAAACAUUAUGGUGGCAAAAGGACGUCAAAAUAAUACAGACUCACCUAGGGUGGAGGUGGGAGAGAUAGACACCAGUGCACCAUUUCAAUCUGUUAAAGAUGCUGUAACUCUCUUUGGUGAGGGUGCUUUGUCUGGGGAGAAACCUGCCAUCAGGAAGGUGAAACCUCAUUCCGCAGAGAGAGUGUUGGCCAAGGAGACACAGCUUCACUUGGCCCAGAAAGAGCUAAACAAGUUAAAGGACCAACUGAAAAAUGCCGAAAAUACCAAGGCCGAAGCAUUUGUUGAACUUGAAAAAGUAAAAAGAACAGUUGAUGAUCUCAACAACAAACUCCAAGUCCUUAAUGAAUCCAAGGAUUCGGCAAUUAAGGCAACAGAAGCUGCGAAGAAUCAGGCAAAGCAGAUUGAGGAAUCAAAUAGUGGCAACCCUGCAGGAUCUGAAGGUGAUAGGGAACAGGACUUAGAAACUGCAAGGGAGAAGUAUAUGACUGUGGCUAAUGAACUGGAUGCUGCAAAGCAAGAAUUGAGGAAAAUUCGUCAGAACUGUGAUGCAACCUUGGAAGCAAAAGUCACUGCCUUCAAUCUCGCGGCUGAAGCAGAAAAUGCUGCAAAAGCAAACAUGGAAAGAGUUAGUGAGCUCUCAAAGGAAAUAUCUGCUGUGCAGGAAUCAAUUGGGCAAGUGAAGCUUGCAACUAUGCAAACACAGCAAGAGCAAGCAAAAGUAUUUACUGACAAGGAUGUUCAGAAGCAAUCAUAUAAAGCGACUUUGGAAGAGUCGGCCAAAAAAUUGAAUGCUUUGAAGAAUCAGUUUGAUCCUGAACUAACCAAAAAUCUUGAAACACAAUUGACUGAAACAAUGAAUGAGGUUGCAGCUCUGCAGAAGCAGAUGGAAAAUGAAAAGGCUUCAGAUUUAGAUUCUGUGAGAACUGUUACUUUGGAGUUGGAUGAUGCAAAGGGGUCUCUGCUGAAAGUAGCAGAUGAGGAAAGCUCCUUGCAUAGCUUGGUGGAGUCUCUUAAGCAGGAGCUUGAGAACGUGAAGAAAGAGCAUUCUGAACUGAAGGAGAAGGAAACUGAAACUGAAUCUCUUGCUGGGAACCUGCAUGUCAAACUCCGUAAAAGUAAGUCUGAGCUUGAAGCAUGCCUUGCGGAGGAAUCUAAAAUAAGAGGUGCUUCUGAAGAAAUGAUCUCAACGCUUAAACAGCUAUCUUUGGAAACAGAAAAUGCAAAACAAGAAGCUGAAGAUAUGAAGAACAGAGCUAAGGAGUUGAGGAAUGAAGCUGAAGCCACCAAAAUUGCGCUUGAAGAAGCAGAGAAGAAGCUGAAAGCUGCUCUGGAAGAAGCUGAAGAAGCAAAAGGAGCAGAGGCAAUGGCCCUUGAUCAGAUUAAGACCUUGUCGGAGAGAGCUCAUGCUGCACGAGCAUCAACUUCUGAGUCUGGUGCUAAAAUAACCAUCUCUAGAGAAGAAUUUGAGUCUCUGAGCCGUAAAGUUGAGGAGUCUGACACAUUAGCAGAAAUGAAAGUGGCUGCUGCCAUAGCCCAGGUGGAAGCUGUGAAGGCUAGUGAAAAUGAGGCCCUGAAGAGGUUAGAGGCAACUCAGAAGGAGAUUGAGGACAUGAAGGCUGCCACUGAAGAGGCUUUAAAGAGGGCAGAAAUGGCUGAAGCAGCCAAGAGGGCAGUUGAGGGAGAGCUCCGGAGGUGGCGUGAACGGGAACAAAAGAAGGCAGCUGAAGCUGCAGCUCGGAUUCUUGCAGAAACAGAGAUGUCAUCACAGGCAUCUCCACACCACUAUCGGGUUCAAAAGCAGAAUUCAUCAGAGAAAAUUAUUGAGGUCCGGAAGAUGGAAAAAGAGAAGACUUCUUUGUCAAAGAAAGCUCUCAUGCCUAGUAUCAGCUUCUUUAAUCGGAAAAAGAACCAAAUUGAAGGCGGGUCACCAUCUUAUCUGCCUGGUGAAAAUCCUGUAUGACAUUUGUGUUUGCCAGACCUUUGUGUGAUUAUGAACGGUUCAGGGAAAAACAUGUUUAAGCCCUUGGUUGUGUGUACAUGUGAGAGACCAGUAGAAUCAAAUUUCUGUUAUUUAGUCCGUUUGAGAGAGAAAAAGAAAUGCCACAAGAUGAGAUUGGUAGCAACUUCCUGAAAGAGUUGAUCUUUAACUACUAAGCUUAUUUGAAUAUGAUCUUCUUUUGUAAGAUUAUGGAAGUGUGAACUUGUAUAUGGAUAUUAGCUUCAUCGAUUGAAAAUUUUCUCCAUUGUUAAGCUUUGUUA